ACAGCAGACCCCGGAGCCACACACUCACACACAAAUAAACGUACAGAGCAGCCACAUGGAGCACGGCAGCAGAAAAGAAAUCAGUACAUCCUGACAUCGACGUUGAAUCUCUCUCUCGCCACAUUCACCAGACGCGCCGUCAUCCGCUCCGCCUGUUGAUGGAGGGAGGGGGAGCUCUUGGAGUGCAGCAACGCCUGUUGAUGCGACGGAGACACCAGCAUGUUCCCCCUCAUGCUCAUCCGCGGCAGGGGCGUCUGCGCCACCUGCAGGCGCUGCGGCAGGUCCUUCGCAGCCAUGGGCGUCUUGAGGCCGCGGCUGAAGGCAUUCAUGCGGACUAGAGAGGUCAUGUCGUCGUUUGUCACUUCUGGCAGGAGGCUCCGUGGCUUGUUGGCGGUGGGCUCGGGAGACACAGUGCUGGAGAUGGAAAGCCGACCCCCCAUGUACUCCUGCAGGUAUGUGUCCGGGUGCUCGUCGUAUGCUGGAGACGGCGACGUCCGCAUGUUGACGGAUGACGCCCCUGACGCGCAUGACGGCGUCCUGCUCCGGCCGACCUUCCCGCCCGUCAGGCCUGUCGUCUGGACAGUCAGCUCGUUUCUGGCCGUCCCGCGGCUCUUGAAGCUGCCGGUGUUCCCGCCGCUAAGUGCCAGGUUGCGUGAGGUGCUCUUGUGAAUGAGCCCCCUUGCGCUGCCGCUGGAACUGGCAUUGGAAGAUCGGUCGUUCAUGGGGCUGGCGAGCGAUCCUGUGCUCUGUUGCCGCAUCGUGACCUGGCUGCUGCGCCUUCGGGAGCUGGCGCCAAGGGCCGAUAUGCGGGACGGCCGUGAGGCAGUGGAGGACUGGGGUUGGACGGAGGCGGAGAGCCGCUGUUUGUGUGUGGGGUUGUGGAGGGCGAAGGCGCUCGGUCUGUUCAUCAUUGCCGACCUUUUCUUGUCUUUCUUCGCCUUUGUCGAGGCUGUAACGGAAUGAGACACGCACAGUCAUGUCAUCUUGAUGCGCCACGCCAUGGAUGGAUGGAUGUGUGAGUGCGCUGAGCUGACCAGGCCGCUUGAUGACCGGUGUUUUUUGUUCUACUUUGGCUUCAUCGACAGACUCGAGGAAGGGCCGCGCCCUCUCCACCACCUCGGUGGCCAACCCAUGGACCGCACGACGCAGCGUCACCAGCCGACCCACUGCACGCCUGUAUGGCAUGGCAUGGGUGGGGCAAGAGAAGACACAAACACACACAUGUCGGCUCUUGGCUGACUGCCUGCCGGACUGACUGACUUGAAUAUGGCGGUGUGUUUGGCCGACGUGUCCACCAGACCGUAUUCGGCACACAGUGCGCUCGCCUUCGCUGCGAAUGUGAGCUGGGCUUUCAGCACUGCAGGCGGUGGCCACACAGCGGGGAAGGGACGGUCUGGGCCGCCGACACGCAGCGACCAAGACGCCCACAGCGCCCCACUGGCAGACCAAUGCUGACGGUGGACCACAAAGACACAGACAAGCGCAAGAAGAUGUCGAUGGACCGGCACAGUCUUACUUUAAGUUCUUGGUUUUCGUCCGCCGAAAUGAAGCCUGGCGGACCUUUGGUCUCGGAGAUCGACACUACCGGAGAGCUGUGAGCUUUGAAGGAGAGCAGCAGAUGGACAGUGCCCCGCGUUUCAUGAUGCGGGUCCUCAGGCUCGUCUGCGAGAGCCUCCAGCACCUCGCUGGUCUCCAUUUUCAUCAGCACCUGGGUGGCCGCCCGCUGUAUCUUGGGUUUCUUCUGCACCACCACACUCACGGUCUUCUUCCGGACACCCCCGACUGAGCUCUGCUUCCUGGAUGCCCCGCCCUGCCGACUGCCCUGAGGGAUGAAGCUCGGCAUUCGCGAUGAACCUCGGUUGGAUGGGCUGCGGUUGGUGGGGCUGCCCAAGGGGGAGGAAGACGCGUUGGCGCCAGCGUUGAGGGCGCGGCGCUUCCUACGGGCCUCACGGGCAUUCUGAUGACAUAAACACGCACAUACAUGGUGGUAAAAAGGAGACACAAGGAUGGUUGGCUGCUGUGUCGCUGUGUCUGCAGGAUGGUUUACUUACCUUUUGUUGCCUGGCGUGUUCGAUCGACUCGGCGAUGUCGAUGACGUGGAUGUAGCCGUACCUGUCUCCCACAUACAGCAUAUCGUCAGCCACCACGUCCACAUUGAACCAGCUGUCGACCAUGUCGCACUCGACUGUCGGCGCGCUUGCUCCAAUGGCACCGAAGCUCUCCCAGAGAGACGACUGGGCCCCAUCCUGCGUGCCGCUCACCAGUGACUUGGAGGAAUCGAUGGCCUCGGGCGGUUCCAGCACGGCGAGCGACACCAUGCGUGACCCCUUGGUCUCUUCGCUCUUCUUCAGAAUCGACACGGUGGAAGGCACCGGGCUCUUCUGGGAUGCUUCCACAGAGCCCAUCGGCUUCGGCACGGGGAGGGUGUCAGGGGCCUUGGGAGGGGAGGGGGUGAGGCCGAAGCCAAUCGAGGGUCUUCUGUCUCUCGCGGUUGGGAGAAUGGGCGAGGCAACCGUCGACCCCCUCCUGGACGAGUCCCGCCUUCCCCUCCCCGGUGUCUUGAUCGGUGAGAGGAUCGACGUGCGUCCGCUGGGCUGGACACUGAAGGUGGUGGCCUCGUGCCGAUGCUUGCCCCACAGAUGGACGAAGAGAAACCUGGCGUCAUCCUUCUUCUUGCUUACCCCAGGUAUGAGCGACGAUCCCAUGCCGCUCGCCCCCCUCUCCCCUCCGGGCUGUCGCCGCCUCGCCCGCACCAGAUGCCCCAUGCUCAACAGAUCGUCUUGCUCCACAGACAGGUCAUCGUGGACAGAAAUCUUGGGCACUUGUGGGGCCGUGACAGGGGUGGUGUCCUUGUCUCUCUUCUUUGGAGAGCGUGUCAGGAGCGGCGAUGAGGCCAGGUGCGUGAGGAAGGGGGAGUCGGGCGACGAGGAGGUCGACAUGGACUCGCGCCUCUUGCUGUCGCCGCCGCCGCACGUGUGGAUGCGAUGCUCACAUGCGCUGCAAGUCGCAGCGAGAUUGAUGUAUCAGGCGGUCAUCUGAAUGGGAAGGUCUCUCUUACACGGAGGGCAGGGCGAGGAAGGUGGCUUUCGAAAAUGACAGGUACGCGGUGCACUCGAUGGUCUCCUCCCUCGGCGCGUCCUUGAGCGGAGGGCUGCUGUUGUAAAAGGGAUUCAUCAGACCACCGGCAGUCAGCAAGACUGUGUACGACUCGAGCUGAGACACACACACACACACACACACCAAGAAAUGCAAGUGGAGGUGCUCCCCUGCGUGUGUGCUUCUCCGCUCACUUUGUCUUGUUGAUUGAUGGACGUCUGCCAGAAUGUGAAUGUGCCUUGGACGUCGAUGGCAUAAACAAUGUCCCUGCCGCUGAAACCCACGUGCUGCAACUGAACGUGGGAAAACAAGGAUACUGUGCGGUUUUAGUUGGGUUGCUGUCAUUCUCUGUGGUGGUCAGUCACCUCUGCCGUCCGUUGCAACAGUGUCCCGCACAGCCGCCAGCGAGCCAUGGAAUACAGCUGCCAGGAUGCCAAGGACACACUCACUGUACAGGUGCUGCACGUGCAGCACAUGUCUGCCUAUGCGUGGCGUGCUUACGAGCACACUGCCAUCCGAGUCGCCGGCAGCCAUGCAGUCCCUCGUCAGUGAGAAUGCGAGACACGUGAAGGCCGCCCCUGUGGGGUGGGCAAAGCUCCUGUCGCAGCCCAGCCUGUAUCCCACGCGAGCAGCUCGCUCGUCCUCUUCCGCCUCAUCCUCAUCCGAGGGGCCCUGGUCCUGCUCGUCCUCGUCUUCUUCGUUAUGCCCUUCUUUGUCUCUGUGUUGGUCCUCGGAACUGCUGUCGCUGCUGUUAGAGCCGUGGUCGCUGCCCUUGCCCACCUGAUGAGUUGCGGCUUCAGUGAGGAAAGUGGGCGGGUGUGGGCUGAUGGAGACACGGCGAGAAACUGGCUUCUCCUCUGCCUCUGCUGCAGGAGCAGCAGCAGGGACCGCAGGAGCAGAAGGAACAGCCCUGGCGGCCAGGAUGUCCCCCUUGUCCGUCUUGACUUGAUGGUGCUUGGGCCGGUCCUGCUGUCUCAUGACGCCGCAUGCUGACGUCGGUUUGUCUUCCGUCCACUCGAGCACAUGCAGCCAGCCUUCGCUAGUAGCCACCAAGAUGACGUUUUUCUCCUCACAUGUCAUGACGCGAGUGACCUGGGAACUCCUUUGAAAUGGGAACUGCACAAACCGGGAGCUGGCCAUGUUGGGGCGGUUGCCCAGCGGCGUGCUGGCGGCCGUGUUGCCAGACAUGACUGCUUUCGUCCCUGCCUUCUUCUUGGCUGCCGGUGCGGGUGAUGUGGCAGCCAGGCGGGCAUCGGUGGCCGCUGUGUCGUCCGCGUCUCCCUUGUUGGCCGCAGGCUCAGGCGACGAUUCCCCCUCAAGUUGUUUGGCGGCCGCCGUUAUGAAGUCAGCUUCAUUGUCGCCCUCCAACUGCAUCGUCUUGUCUGCGUUUGAAUUCAGCCUCGUGAGCGAGAAGGGCGUCUUGGACGUCUUGGAUCGCUGUGGCUUGCGUUGCUGUCCGAAGCCGACAGCCGGGUCGACAGAGGCGGACCGCGACACAGCACGCGUGGUCGGCUCUGAAGGUCCGACGCUCACAGGCAGCUGCUGGCCGGCGAUGCUUGACCUCCUUCUCUUCAUCUCUUGGUCUCGUUUCUUCUCGCUCUCUCUGGCUUUGCGUCUGCGUGAGUCCUCGAUCGACGAUGAGUGCUGGGCGGGGGCCUGUGUGGGGGAGGGUGGCGGGGCGGCGGGGCUGGUGUCCUCAUCCAGAAGAGUCCGCGCAGGGAUCCGGGCGAUCUCAAAGCCACUGCGGUACUUGCAGAAUCGGAGAUUGCCCUGAACACAAACACAGAGAGAGAAAAAUGUAAUCGCUUGUGUCGUGAUUCUUGUCUCACUAGAUGACCCUUCUAUGGCCGAUGAUGAUUAGGUUGUGCUUCUCGUCGACGGCGACACAUGUGACGAAGUCCUACCAGCAAGUCGCGCCGCACGAUGAAUGCAUAUUGUCCCAUGUGCGAUUUGGUUACAUUGAUGCUGUUGUUUGGCAGUGUCCAGAGUAUCCUUGCUGCUCCCCUGCUGCGGUUGUACACACGGUGCUCGAGAGAUGUCAUCGAUGCAACCAUACCUGUCCUAACCUCACACAUACACACACAACUAGUAAACACAUGCACACACAACCUGCAACCGCACAUACCUGGAGUUGAGUAGCCCCGUCAGCCAGGUCUUGGGGUUGUGAAAGACGUGCUCAGAUGUGCCACGCAAACGCUACAAGGACAAGUAUGCUCACAUUAUGCAGCAUCUCACUCUGUGUCCGUGUGCUUGCUGUGCAGGAGUGACUCCUGUCUUUACCUGUGUCAUCUCUCGAAUCUGCUCCUGGUGUGCCGUCUCUGCGUUGUACCUCUCCUUGGGCACCUGCACUCUGGGCGUCGCCGCGCCCUCCCCCUCCGCCUUGUCCUUCCUGUCUUCCUGCUGCUGUCGCUUGCUCAUGCCCUCAUCGUCUUCCUUUGCCAAGUCAUCCGGCCGCUUCAGCAGCUUGGCGAAAUCCGCAUUGCACUCGAAGACAGUCAGCCUGACAUACAAAGAGCUCGCGAAGAAUUCUGGAACAUGUCUCACCGUUUGUGUCCUAUGCUGCUUGGUUCACCUGCCGCCAGCGGUGAUGAUCUUGUUCUGCAUGGGCGCGACGAUGAGAAGUCUCGCAACCGUGGGCGCCCCAGCGAAGGUUUGCACGCAGGAGCAGAACUCGGCGUCCCAGGCCUUGAUGACGCUACCCGCGUCAAGGGAGAAGAAAACGCGAUGCGCGCUGGCCAGAGACAACACCUGGUGCUGAUGGCCAUAGCACUCCCCUGAUAAAUUGAUAAAUGGGAGACAUGCAAUUCAUAUGUGAAUGAGCUGCCCGCGUGUGAUUCGAUGCAUGCCUUUGCUCCCGAGAAAGUUCUGGUCGUCGAGGUGCCACACGCGCACAACCUUCUCGCAGCCCGACGAGACGAGGCUGGCGAAUAGCGGCACGUAGGUGAGCGACAGCACCGCAGCACCACCCGACCAGAUGAUGGUCUCGACAGUCCAACUCCUUUGAAACGAAUACAAUGCCAUACAGCACAACGAGAAUUUUAGCCAGCGAUCGCAUAGUGUGGGUAUCGGCGGUCCGCUCACCCACUAUACGCCUACCUGGAGUCCCAGUAUAGUAUCUGCCUGUCGAGAGCACCGGUGAUGAAGUGGACGCCACCCAGCUCCUGCAAAAGAAAAAGAAGUCUUCGUGCUUCUCGGUGAGCAUGCGGCACAUCAUUGGCUCACUUGGUACGCCGUCACCAUGUUCGUGUGCGCAGUGAGGGUGCGAAGGGGCUCGACCGGGGCGUCAUUCGCAGCCUUCAUCAUUUCGAUCUUCUUCGCCUUGUUAUCGAACACACCUGCCUACCUUCACCAACACACAAGCCGACAUCACAGUGAGACACGGUCGAAAGGGUUUGCUCGCAUACAUCUUUUUUGAACGUGAGCGCUGCCUUUCGGGGGUCCCGUGUGGGCAGCUUCCAGAUGGUCAGCUUGCCGUCUGUGCUGGCGGCGAUCCACACCUGCCGCUGAGCGUUCCACCAGAUGUUGCACAAGCGCUGAGUCACAAACACCUCCUGCCGCUGCACGAUGGCCAGGACGGUCGUCGUUUUGCCGCCCCUGUUGCCACUCAGGUCCGUGUCAUCGCCUUCCCUCGUUUCCUCCUGCCCCCCUUCGGUGAACGUCCCCCGCACUGACGUCAUGCGGGUCCGCACCGUCUCCCAUAUGAUCAGCCGCCUGUUGGAUGUAACAGCUGCAAUAUAUCUCAUCGAGUCGUCGAAGGCGACGGCCAGCGUGGAUGUCUCGUCGGGCCUCAGGGGGUCCACCUUCAGCGAGGGCACCUCAGCAUCCUCUCCUGUGCCCUCCUGCAGCACAGCCAGCAUGUCCAACCGAGCCUUCUUGCUCUUGUCGGCCGACUCGUCUUCGUCUGACGACUGCGAUUUGGAUGCGCUCCCAACCACGGGAAGCGGCUUAGUGCUUGUGAUGGUGUCUUGGGUGAAGGACGGCACGAGAGAGCGGACCUUCGUCAGCCUUGUGCCUGCAAGCGUCCAGAAAAUGAUCUCGGCGGUGGACUGCUCGAGGGUAAUGAGCGACGCGGCGUUGGUGAGUGGCGGGCUGGACGGCUGGACGGCCGAGGGGGGGAUGGGGUCCGGGAGGGGGGAUGGCAGGAGAUAGACGUGAGUGGUGGGGGCCUCGUGCCGACAGGCAUCUAUGCAGCGCAGGGAACGCAUGAAAUGGGGCUUCUCCUCCUCUUCGUUCUACCACAAUUUGCAAGGCAGCAUGCAGAAUGAGUGAGACAGACAAGGGGGGUCGGGUCUUUGUUUGUUGCCUCACCUUCACAGUGCUCAAAUGCAGGGCUUUCGGUCUAAUGAAUGAGUACAGCUCGUUGGAGCACUCUGGCGCUUCGAGGAUAAAGUCGGUGACGUCCUUCCAGUACACCUCCUUUUGCCUCCCUCCCCUCAGACAGGUCAUGUCAUCAAACAGGUCGCACAGAGCCGCCACAAACCUCUCGACCGCAUCAUCAGGACACAUGCCCUGCCGCACGAGGAGGAGAACGAAGUCAGUGAGCGAGAGGCCCUCCGGCAGUCCGCUGAAUCUCUGCUCGAGAUCCGACAGGGCCGACGUGUGGAUGUGGCUCAAGGAACUCUCUAUCUCGUCGGGCAGAUGGCGGCCCUUCUGACGAAUGUAAUGAACACAUGCACCUGGCAAAAUUGUGGAGGCUCAAUUUCAUGUACGCACCAGCCAUGUUUCAGGUUUGUAGACAAGAGAGCUCCACUUGAGGAACCGCGCCCUGCCGGUGGCCACCAGGUGCUGGUAAGACGGCGUCAGGAAGAACUUGACCAGGCUCUCGUUGGAUCCCUCUGUGGACUUUGUUGACAGCACCAUUUCUGAUCAACGAGUGAUGGACGAACUGGAGAGAGA